AUGGCCGACACGGUCGAGGUUCGUUUCAAGGAUGACAGUGACCGCCGGGCUUCGUCUGGCGAAGUUAGCGGUCGACCGCCUUCGAUCGCCAGUUCGACGCCCUCGCGCGAAGAGACGCUCGUCGCCGCUGGCAUCGGCCAACGUCUCGACGACCCCGAAAUGCCCUGCCUCACGAUUCGCAUGUGGGUUAUCGGCAUCGCCUUUUGCCUCAUUGGCAGCGGCGUCAACACGCUCUUCACCUUUCGCUUCCCCGCCGUCACGCUCUCCCAGUCGGCCAUUCAGCUGCUGUCCUACCCCGUCGGCCGCGUCUGGCACAUGGCCGUCCCGGACUGGGGCGUCACCGUCCCCGGCGGCGCGCGCUACAGCCUGAACCCGGGCCCGUUCAACUACAAGGAGAAUAUCCUCAUCUACAUCCUCGCCAACCUGAGCUUCCUGACCCGGCUGAGCGCCGACGUCCUGACGGAGCAGCGCGUCUUUUACGGGCUGAACCUCGGCUGGGGGUUUGAGAUUACCAUAACGCUGGCGACGCUCCUGUUUGGCUUUGCUCUGGCGGGCUUGUCUCGCUCGAUUAUUGUCGAGCCGCCUCGCUUGAUGUGGCCUGGUGUGCUGGGCAACACGGCGCUAAACUCGGCGCUGCAUCCCGUCGAAAAGACUUAUAAGAGCGAAGCCAGAUACAGAUUCUUUCUCAUGGCGUUUGCCGUGUCCUUUAUCUGGUACUGGUUCCCCGACUUUAUUUUUCCCGCGCUCGGCUACUUUACGUGGGUGUGCUGGAUUGCGCCCAAAAAUGCCGUCGUCAAUCAAAUCUUUGGCAUGAAGAGCGGUAUCGGUCUCUUGCCAUUUACCUUUGACUGGGCGCAAAUUGCAUACAUUGGCUCACCACUCGUCAUCCCGACUUGGGCCAUUCUCAACAUUGCAGCCUCUCUGGUCUUUUGGAUCUACAUUGUCACGCCUGCCAUUUACUACAGCAACACGUGGUUUACUGCCUAUCUGCCGAUGCAAACUAAUUCCAUCUACGACAACCUGGGCAAGGUCUACAACGUAACCAGAGUCAUUGAUAAAAAGGACGGCUUUGUGCUGGACCUGGCAAAGUACGACAAGUACUCGCCAAUCUAUCUGCCCGUGACAUAUGCUCUCAACACCUUUGGUCUCUGCUUUGCCAGUAUUGCGGCGCUGAUUGUGUGGCUCAUUCUCGAAAAGCGUCAGGAAAUCUACGAGGGCUUCUGCAACUCGUCGCUGGCCGUCACCCUGGGCCUGGCUCCCAAGACGGAAAAGACUGUCCGAGAGCAGGCGUACGGAACAGUGCCGACGUGGUGGUACCUUGUCGCCACCGCUGUUUCUAUCGGGGUGGGCAUCUUUGCCUGCGAGUACUACCCUGUCCAGCUGCACUGGUACGGUGUUCUCCUGGCCAUGCUCAUUUCUGCCUUUUUCUUUAUUCCUCUCGCUUGGCUCUACGCCACCACAAACAUCAAGAUUCAGAUUGACAUCUUUUGCCGCCUUGUUGCAGGAUACAUCUGGGAGGGCAAGGUGCUGGCCAACAUUUGGUUCUUCAACAUUGGCUACAUUUCCGGCAUCAAGGGCCUUGCCUUUGCCCAAGACUUGAAACUUGGCAUUUAUUGCAAUAUACCCCCUCGCAAGCUCUUUACCGUCCAAAUCGUUGGCAUCAUCAUGGGCACACUCGGUCAAGUCGCCGUACUAGAAUGGGCCCUCAACCACAUCCCCGAUAUCUGCACCAACAAGGCUGAAAAUGGCUUCACCUGCCCCUUUUCCCGCACCCACUUCAACACGAGCAUGGUUUGGGGUGCCAUUGGUCCGCGCCGCUUCUUUGCCAAUGGCGCCCUGUAUCGAAACCUGCUCUGGUUCUUCCUCCUCGGUGCCCUGCUCCCGCCGGUGGUCUAUGUGCUCAAAAAUUAUGCUUUUCCCAAGACCAAGUGGCUCAAGCAAAUCCACAUCCCACUGUUUCUGGGUGGCCUCAACUUUAUCCCGCCGGCCUCGGGUACCAACUAUGGCAGUUGGGCAAUUGUCGGCCUCAUCUUUGGUCUCUUGAUCAAGCAGCGCAAGAGGCUGUGGUGGAAGCAGUACAACUUUAUUCUCAGCUCGGCCAUGGACUGUUCCGUGGCCAUUGCGGGAAUCUUGAUCUUCUUUUCCAUCUUCUACACGGGCGCCUCCAGCCACUUUAAGUGGUGGGGAACCGAGGUGCACAAGAAUACAUGUGAUUGGAAGGGCUGCACUUACAAGGUGUUGGCCAAGGGAGAAAAGAUACAUUAG